GUCCCGUGCCGGGCGCAACUUGACAAACGGCACCCCUCAAGCCCGACCUCUUGCAUUAUGUCGUUUCUAUCGACAACGAUCUCGGCGACUUUAAAUCCGCUCUUUGCUGUUCAGCGCUCGUCCUGGAUCAUCAACGAGCAGCGAUAAAAACGAGGUUGGGUGAAGAAAAAGUCGCAUUUUUUUUCGGCUUGAUUUGGUAAAAGUUCGCGUUUUAUUGUGCUUGGGAAGAGGCGAUCAGCAUCGUUGUCUUUUCUCUGUUUCCAUUGACAGAUAUCAACUUUUUAAUAGUCAGGCAAAUCAGCCAGGAAAUGUCUACAUCAACAGCUGCUUGUCUGCAAAUGUUAGCGAGAAGGCCAUCCACCUCUUCUUCAGGGAUGAUGACUUCAUCAAGUGCAACGGUUGAUAUAAAAGUAACCACCCAAGUUAAACCGUCAAGCUCAUCUUGUAUCUCCUUCAUCAAACCAGUUCGCCAGAGCUUUACAUCUGCUCAGCUAAAAGCCAGUAAUGUCGUUAUAAGAGCAAUGUCUGAGAAGAAUGAAAUUAAUGGUGUUUCUGGAUUGAAUAUCGAUUUAAGAGGUAAAAGGGCAUUUAUCGCUGGAGUGGCUGAUGACAAUGGAUAUGGCUGGGCAAUUGCCAAGGCUCUCGCUGCAGCAGGAGCAGAUAUUCUUGUUGGUACAUGGGUCCCUGCACUGAACAUAUUUGAAACGAGCUUAAGGCGCGGAAAGUUUGAUGGUUCGAGGCGGCUUCCAAAUGGUUCUCUUAUGGAGAUUGUCAAGGUUUAUCCCCUUGAUGCUGUGUUUGACAGUCCUGAGGAUGUUCCUGAAGAUAUUAGGACAAACAAACGUUAUGCAGGUUCAUCGAACUGGACUGUGAAGGAAGUAGCUGAAUCGGUCAAGAAUGAUUUUGGAAGUAUAGACAUUCUUGUUCAUUCCCUUGCUAACGGGCCAGAGGUCACCAAGCCUCUAUUGGAAACUUCCAGAAAAGGGUACCUUGCAGCUUUAUCUGCUUCUAGCUAUUCCUAUAUUUCCUUGCUCCAGCAUUUCCUUCCUAUUAUAAAUCCAGGUGGUGCUACAAUCUCUCUCACAUACAUUGCUUCUGAGAGGACUUUUCCUGGAUAUGGUGGUGGUAUGAGUUCAGCCAAAGCCGCACUGGAGAGUGAUACUAAGGUAUUAGCUUUUGAAGCAGGAAGGAAGAAGCAGAUUAGAGUCAAUGCAAUUUCUGCAGGCCCACUGGGAAGCCGUGCUGCCAAAGCCAUAGGCUUCAUUGAAAAGAUGAUAGAAUACUCUUACAAUAAUGCACCAUUGCAGAAAGAAUUUUUAGCAGAUGAAGUUGGUAAUACAGCGGCUUUCUUGGUCUCUCCAUUAGCUUCUGCUGUCACAGGUUCUGUAGUUUAUGUUGAUAAUGGAUUAAACACCAUGGGUCUGGCAAUUGAUAGCCCAUCUCUCUCAGUAUAAGAGAUAGGAGGAUAAUCAAGUCAUUAUUGGACCAAGAGCAAGCAUCCACUUCUUAUUUUUUUAUCUCCUUCGACAUUGCACUCUGAUAUUGCUAUUUACUUGGAUGAUUACUUAACAAUUAUUGUAUAUUUCGACAAUUUACUAAAAGCAAAUGUAUUGAUGAAUUUUGAUGAUAUUCUUGGCAAUUGGUAUACUAAAUUUCUUUCUUUGA